CGGAAAAGGAGGACGGAGGGAAAAGACGGUAGAGCGAUUGUUGUUGGACUGUGCGCAAAGAUUCGGUUUUUCUUUGGCUCUUUGGACAAUCCAGUGAGUUUUUAACCCACCAGCACUCGACGCCCCCUCGCAGCAGGCUUCCGUGUCGCCUGCUCCCCGCAGAGAUGUCCGUGGUGCCUCCCAGUCGCUCGGCCGCCGGAUGGCCGCGCGGUGGUGCCGUUCAGUUCGGGAACAAGUACAUCAGCGGGCCCGCGAAGCCGCUCACCCUGGAGAGGAGCAUCAACCUAUAUCCUCUCACCAACUACACUUUCGGCACCAAGGAGCCUCUGUAUGAGAAGGACAGUUCGGUGGCAGCCCGGUUCCAGAGGAUGCGGGAGGAGUUUGAUAAAAUGGGAAUGCGAAGGACAGUCGAGGGUGUCCUCAUUGUCCAUGAACACCGACUGCCUCAUGUGUUGCUUCUACAGCUGGGCACCACCUUCUUUAAACUGCCUGGUGGAGAGCUGAGUCCUGGAGAAGAUGAGGUGGAGGGUCUGAAGCGCCUGAUGACUGAGAUCCUCGGGCGACAGGACGGGGUGAAGCAGGACUGGGUGAUUGAUGACUGUAUCGGAAACUGGUGGCGCCCCAACUUUGAGCCUCCACAGUACCCCUACAUUCCAGCUCACAUCACCAAACCCAAGGAGCAUAAGAAACUGUUCCUGGUUCAGCUGCAGGAAAAAGCCCUGUUUGCUGUCCCCAAAAACUAUAAACUGGUGGCAGCACCAUUGUUUGAACUGUAUGACAAUGCUCCUGGAUAUGGACCAAUCAUUUCCAGUCUACCACAGCUACUGAGCAGGUUCAACUGUGGGCAGCAGGGUGGCACGGAGCCUACAGCUCUACAGACUGAUAUCCAUCCUGCUGAUAUUUCUGAGCACAACACUGGAGACCUUUUUAAAUUGAGUAACUAAACCUGCAACACAUCAGGCCAGAAAGAGGAAAAGGAGAUUUGAGAGUUUGCAGAUAAAAAUAAAAAAUGAUGAUAUCAUGUUUAUAUGAAAUGAAACAGCAGUGUGAGUGUUUGUUACUUUGAUUAAAGUUGUCCUUUGAUGCACCAGUCACACACUCAGGUGUGCAGACAUAUUUAUUUCUGUGUUUUGAAUAAAUCUGCUCAAAAGGGGAAACAAUGUAUUACAAAGAAAAUCAGUACUGUCACUGGACUCCUGCAAGAAUUUAAUAAAGAUGGUCAUCAUUUACCAUAAACUGCUUUUUACAGGUUCAACUUCCUCUACAACUAACGUGGGUGAACAGAAGUCCCACCUGGCUGUCUCUGUGAGUGCAGCCCCGUCUGAGUGAAGCUUAAACAUAGAAGAACAAUGUGAUAAAAGAGACUUGUCUCUGGCUCAACUUUGACAGAAAAAAAAAAAUACUUGUCAUGUCAGGUAUAUUUACAGUCCAUGGGGGUGUUUAUACUGUUAGAAGAAAACAAAAAUGUCAUGUGAAUGUUUUUUUUUUAUCGGACAGAAACUGCUAGCUUUUGUGGUAUCUGAGUGCUUAUUCCAGUUUGUUCACAAUCUGAUUUUAUGUUGUCUCAGGAGGUCAGUGUGAUUAAACAAAAUACAAAAUUGA